AGACUGAGAUAUCAUUCUGGCAGAACAGAAAACACUGGAGCAUUCAUUCACCUGGUGUGAAACUAGCUAUACCGAACAGGAAGAUUUAACUGCACGCCUGAACCAGCGGCGAUCUGUUUAAUUGAAAUACUUGUAAGAGUAAAGGACAGUAAUUUACCUUGGAAAUGGUUGGGUUUAGGAACGUUUUCCUCUUCUAUUUGCUAUCUCUCGAUAUGUUGUUAAGAGUAGUAUCAACUUCUACACCCGGCACAGACUCCACAACACCAUCUCCAACGUCCAGCACUACAAAACAAAUCCCAGAAACCACACAUUCCACUCAAGGGACAACCAUCAAAAUGGAGAAGACAUCGGGCACUUCCUCUGUAGUCACGACUUCCAAGCAGGAUCCAACCACUUUAGAUAACACACCAACUAGCCAGGCCACAACAACCACAGAAACUUCUUCAGCCAGUAAAACAACAACAAAAUAUCUGGCUUCAUCUACAUCAUCAGCAUCACCAGCAACCAGUGAGGGAAGUGAGUCAACUCAAGCCCCCAACUCUGACAGUACAACUGGAGCCCCCAACUCUGACACUACAACUGGAGCCGCCAGCUCUGACACUACAACUGGAGCCGCCAGCUCUCACACUACAACUGGAGCCCCCAGCUCUCACACUACAACUGGAGCCCCCAGCUCUCACACUACAACUGGAGCCCCCAGCUCUCACACUACAACUGGAGCCCCCAACUCUGACACUACAACUGGAGCCCCCAGCUCACACACUACAACUGGAGCCCCCAACUCUGACACUACAAGUGGAGCCCCCAGCUCGCACUCUACAACUGGAGCCCCCAACUCUGACACUACAAGUGGAGCCCCCAGCUCUCGCACUACACCUGGAGCCCCCAACUCUGACGCUACAACUGGAGCCCCCAACUCUGAUACUACAACUGGAGCCCCCAGCUCUGACACUACAACUGGAGCCCCCAGCUCUGACACUACAACUGGAGCCCCCAGCUCUGACACUACAACUGGAGCCCCCAGCUCUCACACUACAACUGGAGCCCCCAGCUCUCACACUACAACUGGAGCCCCCAACUCUCACACUACAACUGGAGCCCCCAACUCUGACACUACAACUGGAGCCUCCAGCUCGCACACUACAACUGGAGCCCCCAGCUCUGACACUACAACUGGAGCCCCCAGCUCGCACACUACAACUGGAGCCCCCAGCUCUCACACUACAACUGGAGCCCCCAGCUCUCACACUACAACUGGAGCCCCCAGCUCUGACACUACAACUGGAGCCCCCAGCUCGCACACUACAACUGGAGCCCCCAGUUCUCACACUACAACUGGAGCCCCCAGCUCUCACACUACAACUGGAGCCCCCAACUCUGACACUACAACUGGAGCCCCCAGCUCUGACACUACAACUGGAGCCCCCAGUUCUCACACUACAACUGGAGCCCCCAGUUCUCACACUACAACUGGAGCCCCCAACUCUGACACUACAACCGUUGCAAAACCAACUACACAGCCUCCCAAAACCACUCCUCAAAAUCCAUGCAGCCCUGGUGUGUGUUCUUUGGGUAGCGUAUGUGUGCCACUCUUCAUGAACUACACCUGUCAGUGCAUUCCUGGGUAUUACUAUGAAUCAUCAAACGGCUGUGUACAAGCAAAAACCUUCCCUGGUGAAUUGCAUUUGAAAAGUAUUAAUUUCACUGAGAGUAUGUCUGACAAAAGAUCUAAAGAGUUUCAAAUCACAUCAUCUCAAAUUGAGGCAGAGUUAAACAGCAUAUUAAAAAAUGAGAAAGGAUAUAUAAAAUCGGUUGUUCUAAAGCUAGCGCCAGGGAGUGUCCUUGCAAGUGUGGAUAACUUCUACAACUUAAACUCCAAUGUGACUGCAGAAACAAUUUCAAACGCCAUCAGAAAGCAAACAGAAACCUGUGACGACACCAACACCUGCAAACUUAUAGAUAAAGAGACCACUUACAGCAAUGAAAAUCUAUGUGCACAGCACAACAGUUGUGACUUGUCGUCCACAACUUGCUCAUCUACCAAUGGCAUUUUAAGCUGCACUUGUAAGAAUGGGUACCUGCCAUCCAGUUUCUCAAUGCGAGUCUGUGUAGCUUGUGCCAGCGGAUACAAAGUAGAAAACAACAAGUGUGUCGUGUGCCCAUUUGGUAGAGCAGGAUUGAACUGUGACGACUCCUCUCUGCUGGCUGUGGUGGUAAUCUCCUGUGUUCUGGGUGGACUGUUCUGUAUUGUCAUCUUAGCACUUUUAAUAUUGUGUUGCAGUUUAAAAAGGAGUUCCUCUUAUAGCAGCCCCUACCCCCCGGAGGACUUUCUGAUGUGGCCCAAGCAAGAGGUGCCCAAGAUCCCCCGAGCCACUACCAACUGUGAGGCCACUCAACUGGAGAUGACUGAGAAUGGGAGCACCCACAACCUGGUUGCUUAUGAUAACAUUGACGAAUUGAAGACCUUCAGAGGCAAGAACCAAUCUCGCUACUCAUAUCUCUGUCACGGCCAGGAAAACCCUUAUUUUGUUCCAGAUGAAAACAAGAAAACAUAAAAAUAAAGAAGUAUGAUACCAAGAUAGUAGAUCUUUCCCUUUUAUUGUUUUUAAUUAACAUUUACAAAGUGAUUGGAUGUCAAACUUUUAUACAGCAAUCUUCGAUGGCCCUAGUUCUUGAAAAAUGUUAUUGGGGGGAAAAAAGAACUUGAAUUUUCAUCCAGCACAGGCCACUACUUCAUUACCUGCUGGGGCAAAAGGCAGGAUAGCUUUGUACUUUUUUCUUUUUGAAUGUCAAGUGCCAAAAUGAUAUCACAUUUAAGAUUGAUAAUUUUCUUUGUAAUAACCAGCUUUGGGAGCUGUCAAAUAAUAAAAAAAAAUAUAUAAAAAGAUUUAAAUUCAGUAAUUAAUGCAAUUUGACAAUCCUAAGGGCCUCAUUUACGAAAGGGCACUAAAUAUUAUGGUGUACCAUAAUUGCAAUUAGUCUGCACAUCAAUGAUUUCCAUAUUUACUAUUGCAACUUUAUUAAUUAUCGCGUGCAAUACUUGGCAUAUUAUGGCGCGCACUAAAUUUAGUGUAUUUAAAUGAGCAUCCAGCUCGGAAUAAUGAGAUGAGCUGUAUUUACAUGGUAUUUCCUAAAGGGUGCUAAUUUUAGUGCGUAUGGAAACCAGGCUUUAACCACUGACUGGCGCACUUUUUAAACCUCUUUUUCUAGCCUUAAAGUCAGUGAUGUGCAGUUCGAUUCUUUUUACUGACUCGAUUUGUUUGAUUCAUUCAGUUUACUGAAUCAAUUCAACUGAUUUGUUUGUUUGAUUCGCUGAUUCGCUAACGUGAAAUAAAUACAUCUUUCUGAAUUGCUUGGUUAUGAAAAUGUGUUUGAAUGGAAAAAGUCCAGAAAUGAGAAUUGAUUGUAGGUCACAGGUGUCAAACUCAUCUGGCAGCAAGGGCCAUUUAAGUUAAGACUGUCCACUUGGUGGGCCGCACCAUAAAAAAUAUAUACAUAUCCAUACAUCGUAAUGUACCUCUGUGAGCUGUGAUUGGCUUAAUGGGAACUCAUACAAUGCAGACUGCACGUGUUGAAUAUACGUGUUGAAUACACAUGUUAUAACUAUUUAUUUUAAACUAUGUCAUUCAGCUUUAACUGCAACCUAUUUAAUAACCUUCAAUUUACAAUGUGUCUGUUGAUCGCUCAUUUUCGGUCAAUGUAAGCCACCUCCACCUUUCACAAUAAGCUCUUGACAAAAAUAUACACCUGGACUGCUGGGGCUUUUUAUAUGAAGGUGGUCAUGUGUAGUCGUCUCGGAAAUUAUCGUGCACAUUAAAUUAUUGCUUGCAGUAAAUUCAGUACGCACGCUAUGGCAUGUAAAUGAGCCAAACAGUGUGCACAUUAAUUAAUACGUUCUCUGUUAGUAUAUGGGGCUGUAAAUUUAGAUUUAUCGUGCAAGUUAGGCUCACUACUUUACAUGCACGCUAACUCUAGUGCCCUUUCAUAAAUGAGGCCCUAAAGUCAUAAAGAGGUGAUCGAGGAGUAAUGUUUGGCUUUCUAAUGUUUAAUUAUUUUUUACUUAUAAUGUGUGUUAUGUUUAAGGCUAAGCAAAUGAACUUUUCAAGUGUAAAAAUAGAAAAAAAAGGACCUAGGCAUUGAUUAAAAUGAUAUGUAAAAGACAUUUGUUACAUUUAAAUCCCUAUGUUUCAAAGGGUAAACUGAUAGGAACAGAAUAUGUGCCUAUAUAUUUCUAUGUUGAAUGUAUGUACAAUAAUGGUGAUCAUAUACAAUGUAUUUAGUACAAUCUACUGUAUAUUGAAGUUGCCACAAUGAUUUAAACAUGUAAAUACUAUUUCACAUGUUUUCUAUAUAAUAUGGCGAGGGUCAUUCUUACAAAAAAAGUAUAAUAAUAAAAUAAAACAAUUGUGUUCAUUUAAA